AUGACAGUCAUCGAGUCGGUAAAAAGCGCCGUCGGGCUGGCCGAGACCCAGGCCACCCGCGAGGAGAUGUCUGCUGCUCGCCUUCCAUUACAGUACCGUGAUUCCUGCGCGCACCUUUUGAUCCCGUUGAACCGAUGCCGGCAGCAAGAGUAUUACCUUCCUUGGAAGUGCGAGGACGAGAGACACGGUUACGAAAAGUGCCAAUACGAGGAGUUCAAGAAGCGCGUUGCGAAGAUGGAUGAACUCCGGGCUACUAAGGACGGUGCGCGGAGCAAUUGA